UCUUACAACCACCCAUCAUCAAUCAACUCCUUCAACUCUACACCUUUUUUACAAAUAACAAAUAACAAAUUACAAAUUACAAAUUAACAAAUCUACAACUUUACAACUCUACAACUUACAGCCAAAACAGCAACCACAAAACUGUACACUACCACUCCUGCUAGAUAUUUACUCGAUUAAACUCCGGAUUUCCAACAAUACCCUACCUAUCUCAACGAAACGUAUUGAAAACAGCUUCUUUUUUUGUCAUGAUUCAAAAUACAUACGACUUUUUUACGAAAAACUUUUAAUAAUUCACUCUUUUUUCCUCAACCUUUUUCUGUUAUUCUGCUCGAGUACCUCAACUUUACCUAGGUAUCAAUUCAUUUGUAAUAAAUAGCAGAACAAAAAAAGCAUUCGACUUUUUCGCCGCUUUGUUGAUUUCUUUUACCGCCUCUGUUCUUCUUCACUCAGAACACCUUGACACCUUCACGCCUCCAUAUCACUCUUACUUCAUUCAGAGAGCGAGCGCAAGAGCCACCCCACGCACAACUAGACAAACCCACGUACCAACGAAACGAACAAGAAAGGCUUCACUCAAUUAGCCAACCAACGAGAACCAAAGAGCGAUCGACCAAAUUUCCCACCCACCUGAUUUAUUAAUUCGCCUUCUUCACUUUUCGGCCUUACUGUACCUAUCGUCCGUAUACGGUACAUCAAAUCAUCAAAUACAUACCAAACCAAAAUCAAUACGCCAACGCCUCCUUUCUGGUUAUUCCUGAACCAACUAAACUCGUUUCAUUAUUCCAUUCCCAUUCCACAACAUCCCUCCCGCUCACGACACACCCCCCAAUUUGGUCCGUAUCCCCAUUCACACACACUAGGUAUCUCCACAUACCUACUACCUCCACUACUGUCUUUACUACCUACACACACUACCACCUACACUACUUACCUACACGGUCGCAACAUUAUUUCAAUUGUCAAGGACAUUCAAUCAAAUCAUACCUUCCACCUUCCACCUACCACCACCUACCAUCUACCAUCUACCAUCUACCACCUACCCAACAACCAAAAAAACACCUUCAAUCACAACAACCUUUAUUUUUCUUUCUCAUAAAACAAAUCACGACAAAAGCCAAAUUCAUACGGCAUAAUUUCAAUUCUCACGCAAUCCUUUCUAAACAAUUAUUUUACACAAUAAACUUUUAUAAUUGAUUUUAUUUCAACUGUACAAAAUCCUCGGCACGCUUUUUUUAAUAGACUUUCGUUCCGUCACUUUUAGGGAGGUCCUUGUCACAAUCAUCGACGUCAGACCGCAAACUUAACGUACGGCAGCUCCAAGUGAAUUUUGAGUUUUACCUCGACCACUUUAUCAAAGCGCAAUAAUAAGUCGGCAACUACGGGCGCAUUGUUUACUGGUUCAAUAAUAAUAGUGCCUGGUCGCACAUUCUCUAAAAUCACAUCUCUAUACUUCCCAUUUAUAUGCGAAUGUUUCGUUUGCCGUGUUGGAUCGCUGAAUCCAGGGGUUGCGAUCAAGUAUUAGAUGGAGAAAGAAAACACAUCAUGGCAAACACCCGUCUCUACGAAUGCCCCAGUCCUACGAAACGGAAGAGAAGUAGUAGUCCGAAUGUUCCGAUGCCCGUCUUGAACACUCCAACAGUUCAAGAAGUGAAACGAAGGAAGCGCGAAAUGUCCGAGGAAGGUUGCCACUCACCUAAGACAAAGGAAGAUGUCGAGGUGACGGAUAGGAAAGAACAGAUCGUUGAUCUCGCUUUAGUUCGAGAAACAAUCGACUCUGAACUCAGCCUCGAGAUACUCAUGAAGCAUAACGAAUUGCGCCUAAUCGAGACCGAGCUGGCCAAAUGUCAGGUCUCUCUCGAACAGUUACGUCGCGUUCACUUAAUACCAUUUCCAGGCGUUCAAAGUACUGGAGCCCAAGUUUCGUCCGAGUCGAUGGUCAAUGUUAGUGCUGGUACUGGUCCAGCAGUCUGGAGUGGCGACAAAGUUCCGAAAUGGGCUCCACCAUAUGGAAUUACGGAGGGGCCCUACACGAGACAUUGGGCAAAAUGGUUAAUUCCCGACCCGGCUUUUGAUGGUAUAGAUGUUGUUGAUUCACGUGUAAGUCCAGGAAGGCCACGCGCCGGUAAGAUGGUACCGGAAGGGAGAGCUACUAGAAAUAGUAUCGCUGAUGGAGGUAAUUUUUCAACUAAAUCCAGGUCACAUCGUGGAUCUGGUCAAAGUUUACAAUCCCUUCCCAGCGGUCACACUCAACAAAAGAAAGCCGGACCAUCCAUUCUCAAGCGUAGUGAUGGUAAAACUGUGAAGCUUGUCUGUUUGGAUUGUAAUCGCGAAGAUUUCUCCAGUACUCAAGGUUUUAUCAAUCAUUGUCGCAUUGCUCAUCAUCGUGAGUUUAAGAGUCAUGAAGAGGCUGCUCAAACUAGUGGACAGAUUAUCGAAGUCGAUGAGGUCGGCGCGACUCCUGUCUUGGAGAAGAGCCCAAGUGUAGCAACUGGUGAUCUCGUUCAUCCUCUUAUCAAAAGUGCGCCGGUCGAUCAAGAAGCUUAUACUGCUCUCCUUUCUCGUAUCGAUGAUUCUAUGAAUCUAUAUCUACAAGGCAGACUUCCCGGCGUGACAUCGAUUCCUGGAAGUGCAAACUCGUCACCACAAAAGCAAGUCGAUGUGAAGCCCAAAGUGCAACCUUCAAAUCAAAAAUUCGUACCAUCAACUGCUACACCUCAUCUUUCCGAAUUGUUGAAAAGCCGAGGUUUUGGUGGUGAUCUUGAUGAAAUAGUUGGUGAUGCGAUAACACGUGUUACCAUGGAUGAAGCUUCAUCAUCUGAUGAGGAAUCUUCUGAUGAUGAAGUAAUCGAAACACCAACUGCUAUUCCUUCACGCCGUCCCGGUGGGUUUGAUGGUUCAGUAGAUACACCGAUGACUGGUAUGCGUCUACCAGCGCGGGCUACAAUGUCACCAGCACAUUUUGGUAGACCUACAAGCAGUAAAGGUAUUGAUGCUUCGGCGAGAUCUGGUCUCGCCCACAUCUCACCUCAUCUAUCUUAUGCUACCCUCAAUACGUCUAUGGCCGCACCAGAAAUCAGACAUAAUCGUCCACAGCCUAUCAAUACCCGAAAUCACGAUCAUGAUGGAGAUAUUGAUAUGGCUAUGGUUAUUCCAGAUGCAUCCUCCAUUAUUGACCUCAGUCCCAAUACGGUUGUUAGUAACAACGCUCCGAGUCUCGUUAGCGAUGAUGGAGAAUAUGAUGAAGGUGAUGAUGAUGCAGAUAGUGUAUCAUCAGAGGAUGCUGACGAGGGUAGUGAUGUAGCUGAAAUCGACAUCGAGGAUGGAGACGGGGAAAAGGUGGUUGGAAGGUCGGUCUUGGGGAGAUCUCAGGAUCGUAGUUCAAAGAAAGAUGAUAAACAUGUUACUUUUGUUCGGGAGGUUCCAGGGGAUACAAAUUCAAAUAAUGCUGCAAAUAAGAAAGCAAGGCAAAGGCAAUAGAAAUUCAGAAUCAGCAUCAGAAUAAUAGGGAGAAUAUUAGGAUGAGUGUGGAGUGGAAUUGAAUGGAAUUGAAAUGAUAUUUGUGAGCGUUGCAUUUUUAUUUUCAUUUUUAUUUUUAUUUUAGUUAAAUGUUAGCUGAGAUAUAAUUUAUUUCCAGAUUUAAAGAUUUAGAUUGGUGGACUAUGAUGUUUUUGACGAUUUUGACUUUUUGGAUUUUGCUUUUUAUAGCGUUUGUCUUUGGUCUUUAGUCUUUUGUCUUUUGGUUUAUUU